AUGUCAAGUGUGUGGGCCAAAGUCGAGCCAUUGAACGACUCGUUGUCUACGAUCAUUGGCCAACUCAUCUUUGCCGCGAUCCUCCUGUCCGUGGCCAAGUGGGGUCUGCACUGGAACUGGCGGUGGGCCAUCGGUCUUUCGUCCGUCGGUGUGAUGUUGGUGGACGGGUUUGUCAUCUUUGUGACGAUCUGGGACAUCAUUCGCAAACAAUGGUUUUACACCGGCGUGGCGCUGGCGGACAACGUGCCCGGCGGCGUGCGCUUCAUCGUGGCAACGUACUGCGCCGUGGAGAUCGCCGAUGUCGGCAACGAAGGCGCCACGUACGGCUUGGUCACGACCGUGUCCAACUUGGCGUCUCAGUUUGCGUCUGUGAUCUACAAGUUCAUCGACACGUACUUUAUGCUGUCCCAAAACGACCUCAAGUCUGACACGACCGAAGUGCGGUGGGACGUCACGUACUCGUACUUUAUCUCAUACGGGAGCAAGUUGUUUGCGCUCACGUGGCUGUGGAUGCUGCCUCCCCAGCGCCCCCAGAUGCAAGAGCUCAAGAAGAAGGGCGGCAAGAAUCCGUUGGCCGGCAUCAUUUUGAUCACCGUCUUCACCAUGUGCCUGUGUUUCUCGGUCACGACCAGCAUCAUGUCCAUCUUCCCAUCAACCAAGUGCUACCGUAUCGCAGGGGGCAACGGCAAGUUGGACCCCAAGACUGGCGGAUGCCCUGCUGCCAAGAGCAAGAAAGCUUAA